CUGGGCCUUAUACAUUUAGCCGGUUUUGGCAGGGGCGCGACGUGCCUGUGUUUACUGAAGGGACCUCAUCCUGUAACACAGUGUGCCACCAUGAACUUGGAGCUGCUGGAGUCGUUCGGCCAGAACUACCCGGAGGAGUUUGACGGCACACUCGACUGCAUCUCUCGCGCCGUCACGUGCACCUUCAACCGCAAGGGCACGCUGCUAGCCGUGGGCUGCAACGAUGGCCGCGUCGUCAUCUGGGACUUCCUGACGCGCGGCAUCGCCAAGAUCAUCUCGGCGCACGUGCACCCGGUGUGCUCAGUCAGCUGGUCUCGCGACGGCGGUCGGCUGGUCAGCGCCUGCACCGACAACACCGUGUCCGUGUGGGACGUGCUGUCCGGAGAGUGCGAGCAGCGCUACCGCUUCCCUUCGCCCAUACUGAAGGUCCAGUUCUGCCCGCGCGGCCGGCGCGCCAUCCUGGUGUGUCCGCUGAAGCACGCGCCGGUCGUCGUCACCAUCGACGAGGGCCACAAGGUGCUGCCCGUCGAUGACGACGGCGACCUCAACAUCAUCGCCACGUACGACCGCCGCGGCCGCUACAUCUACACCGGCAACGCCAAGGGCCGCGUGCUGGUCAUGAACGCCUCGGACUUCAAGGUGGUGGCUUCGUUUCGGGUGACGUCCGGCGCGUCCAACACGACGGCGCUGAAGACGAUCGAGUACGCCCGUCGCGGCGAGUGCUUCCUCAUCAACUCCGUCGACCGCAUCAUCCGGGUGUACGAUGCCAAGCGUGUGCUGGCGGCCGGCGUGGACGGCGAGCCGGAGCCGGCCCAAAAGCUGCAGGACCAGGUGAACAAGACCAUGUGGAAGAAGUGCUGCUUCUCGGGCGACGGCGAGUACGUGUGCGCCGGCUCAGCGCGCCAGCACGACCUCUACAUCUGGGAGCGCUCCGUCGGCACGCUGGUCAAGAUCCUGCAGGGCACCAAGGGCGAGCAGCUGCUGGACGUGGUGUGGCACCCGGUGCGGCCCAUCGUGACGUCCAUCUCGCUGGGCGUCGUCUCCGUAUGGGCGCAGAACCAGGUGGAGAACUGGUCGGCGUUCGCACCCGACUUCAAGGAGCUUGACGAGAACGUCGAGUACGAGGAGCGCGAGUCCGAGUUUGACCUGAGCGACGAGGACCGCGCCGUGGAGCUGCACCCGGCGCGCCACGACGAGGUGGGCGAGGUGGACGUGUCCACCGUGGAGCCGAUCCAGGCGCUGCGCUCCAGCGACGAGGAGGGCGACGGCGUCGGCGACCUGGAUUACCUGCCGAUCGCGCCAGAGGUGGAGGAGCCCGAGGAGGGCUGGCCGCACGACGCGGCGCCCGAGCAGCAGGAGAACCGCCGCGACAGCCGCGACAGCCCCAAGAAGAAGCGCGCGCGCGUGUACGACGUGACGCUGGCCGACGCGCCCAACGACGAAGUUCACCCGAUGCUCAGCAGCCGGCCGGUGAAGGAGAAGCCCGCCAAGAAGCCCGGCAGGCAGAAGACGGACGCCAAGCGCAAGUAGCGCAGCCGGCGGGCGAGUCCAUUGUGGACGCGGAGGGACGGUGGACGAGUUCAUUAUUGGCGUUGAGAGACGGCGAGUCCAUUUGCGCUGUGAGGGGCGGCGAUUCCAUGUGUGGCGCGGAGCGUCGGCGGUGCGGUAUGUGCCGUGGGGGCGGGGGGCUAGUCUACCUGCGUCAUGGGGCUGUGACUGCCUCAUGCAGACAGCGCCGGCGUCAGCGGCGACCCUGCGCAGCUGCCGGGACCUGCGAUUGGCGUCGCCAUGGCAACGCACGUAGUGCAUCGCCGUCAAGUCCGGAACCGCUGCAAAUG